GCGAGGGGAAGGGCGGGGCUUGUCCGCCAUGAACGGGGCGAGCGAGGGCGAUGUCGGCGGCUACAAACGGCGCUGCCGGGCCCUGAAACGGCGCCUGAAGCUGCUGCUCUACGAGCAGGAAUGUUUCCAGGAGGAGCUGAGGAGAGCCCAGCGCAAACUGCUGAAAGUCUCGCGGGAUAAAAGUUUCCUCCUGGACCGGCUCCUCCAGUACGAAAACGUCGACGAUGAUUCCUCAGACUCGGAGGCGACGGCGUCGUCCGACAACAGCGACGGCGACGGCCCCAAGGGGGCGGAGCCAACGCCCGCCAAGAGGUCAGGGAAGGGUUAAAUGAAGCCAAGAUGG